AAUGACAAGCUAAGUUUUUCCAUUAUAUAAUUAAGAGAAUGAAAAUAUCAAAACAGAUAAUGGCUCAUUAAUAAUUUCUAAGAUAUAAAAUUUAAGAUAGCAACCAUCUGAUCCUGGUCCUCUUACUAAUCCUCCAUCAUUAAUAAACUAAAGAUUUACUGCUAAAUCUUAAAUAGAAGUUGAGGAGGAUCUCAAUUCCUUUGUCCACUUGACGAUAAUACUAGUAGCGAUUUAAAGUGGAAACUUUUCUAUAGGUUAUUCAUUAUCAUAUUUGUCAAUGUCUUUCACAACUUUAUUUUCAUAAAUGUAUUUAAAAUAAUAUUAUUAUAAGCACUCUUAAAGGAUCUGAGAUUGAAGAAUAAGGGUUGUUUAGCGCUGUUUUAUCAAUAGGCUAAUUAAUAGGAGCUCUUGCUACAAAACCGCUAUUAAAAUAUAUGACUAGAAAUUAAUCACUCUUAAUUGGUGACAUGUUUGGAGUUUUGAGCAUUUUACAAGUUAUACCUAACCGAGAAAUUAUACUUGCAUUUAGAUUUUGCUAUGGAUUGUGUCUAGGAAUAUCAACUACUAUAAUGGCUGUGUAUGUUAAAGAAAUAUGUCCUGAAAAAUAUUAUGAAAAAUUUUCAGUUUUAGCAAGUUUCUUAAUUGCAGGGGGAUUAUUUUUUGUUAAUUUUAUGGGUUUAGGAUAUUUAAAUUUUGAUUUAAGAGGGGAGAAUUCGUAUUAUUGGUAAAUUAUUUUUGCUAUUCCUGCUUUAUUGCACUUUCUUAGAUCAUUUAUUAUUACUGUCAUUUAUUAGAUUGAUAGUCCUGAUAGUUUAAUUCAAAUGAACAAGCCACAAUCCGCAAAAAAGAUCUUAAUGAAGAUAUAUAAACCAUAAUUUGUAGAUCAAAUGUUCUUUAAAUGCUAAUAAAGAGUGUAAAAUAAUGAUGAACAAAUAGAAGGGAUUAUGAAUAUUUUUACUAAAAAGCAUUUAAAAACAGUAAUGAUUGGUUGUCUUUUAGCAUUUAUUUCCACUUGGUGCGGUUUAUUUGCAUUAUACUCUUAUUGUUCAUAAAUCUUUGAAAUUAUUUCAGAUGGAGAUUUCACUUUGAACACUCUCUUUAUACUUAUUAUAGGAAUAGUUUAAUUAAUUCCUGCAUUCAUUUCAAAAUUUGUGUAUAGGAAAAUGGGUAACAGAUCUUUAUUACUAUAUGGGCUCUUUUUACUAAUUAUAUGUUAGAUACUUAUUGUUGGUUUAAGUUAUUCUGAAACCUUAGAAGCAUCUAUUGUUAGCUUUAUUAUUAUUUGUUUUUUUUCAUUCGUAUUUGCUCUAACUUUAGGACCUAUUACUUUUGUAAGUAUAAAUAUUAACAUUAGUCUAUGACUCCAGAGAUUAACACAAGUGAAGGAACAUAUUUUUGUUUUGUAACUUUGUAUCUAUGGUAGCUAAUAAUGCUAUACAUAUUUCCAUUUAUGUUAGAUGCAAUUAAAAUAAGUGGAGCUUUUAUAGUUUUUGCAAUUUUAACAUUCCUAUCUUCGAUAUUCUUUUAUUUUUUUGUUAAAGAAACUAAAGGAUUAAAUCAUGAUGAAAUAGAAAGGUUAUACGGAAAAUUAUGA